GGAGGAGCCGGAAGCCGGGGGAAGGAGGCCGCGGACGAGCGCGAGUCCCGGGCUGGGGAAGCCCAUCGCGGGCCCUUGCCGUCCGGCGGAGCCAGCCGCGACAGAGCCGGGGCCAUGGAGACUCCGCGCCGCCGGCCGCCGGUCGUUCUCGGGCCCGCGCUGGGACGGCUGCUUCUGCUGCUGAGCGUGCUGGCCCCGGGCCGCGCCUCCCCGCGCCUCUUGGACGUUCCGGCCCCAGUCUGCGCGCAGGAGGGGCUGAGCUGCAGAGUCAAGAAUAGUACCUGCCUGCAUGACAGCUGGAUCCACCAUCAAAACCUGACUCCCUCUUCCCCCAAACACAUCCAUGUCCAGUUGAACUUCUCUUCCACCCAGCACGGAGACCUGGUCCCUGUGUUACACAUUGAAUGGACCCUGCAGACAGACGCCAGCAUCCUGUACCUCAAAGGAGCAGAGCUGUCCAUCCUGCAGCUGAACACCAACGAACAGCUUUGUGUUGAAUUUGAGUUUCUGACCAAGCUGCAGCAUCAUUAUAGGCGGUGGCGGUUUUCCUUCAGCCACUUUGUGGUAGAUCCUGGCCAGGAGUAUGAGGUGACAGUUCACCACCUGCCCAAGCCCAUCCCUGAUGGGGACCCAAACCACAAGUCCAAGAUCAUCUCUGUGCCUGAUUGCGAGGACCCCAGGAUGAAGAUGACCACACCGUGUGUGAACUCAGGCAGCCUAUGGGAUCCCAAUAUCACUGUGGAGACUUUGGACACCCAGCAGCUGCGUGUGAGCUUCACCCUGUGGAAUGAAUCCACCCCCUACCAGAUCCUGCUGGGUAGUUUCCCAUACUCAGGAGACCAACACUGCUUUGAUGACAUCCAGCAAAUACCUGCGCCCAGACAAGAAGAAUUCCACCAGCGAGUCAACGUCACACUCACUCUAAGCAAGUCUAACUGGUGCUGCAACCACCAUGUGCAGGUCCAGCCCUUCUUCAACAGCUGCCUGAAUGACUGCUUGAGACAUGCUGUGACUGUGCACUGCCCAGAGAUCACAAAGGCCUCAGUUUCCCUUGCAGGUAAGUCCUUCCUACAGUCAAGGUCAUUCCCAAGGGACCACAUGAGGUCCCAGCUGACCCCUGAGCCAAUCCAGGAAGGCAGACUACUCUACACCCACAGACAGCCAACGGGUGAAAUCAUUAGUGUAGCUUGGUAUAGACAGAGCCUGGGCUGGGGUGUGUGGGGCCCCUCCCGGACUCACACUGUUGUGUUUGUCACAGACUCUAUUCCCCUGUGGGUGUAUGGCUUUAUCACAGUGAUCGCCAUUCUGCUAGUGGGCUCUGUCAUCCUGCUGAUCAUCUGCAUGACCCGGAGGCUGGCUGGGUCUGAUCAUGAGAAACCUGGUGAUGACUCCAAAUGCAACGGCUUCUCCCCUGGAACUGGCCUGACUCCCCCGCCCCUGAAGCCCAGGAAAGUCUGGAUUGUCUACUCGGCUGAUCACCCUCUCUAUGUGGAGGUGGUCCUUAAGUUUGCCCAGUUCCUCAUCACUGCCUGUGGCACCGAAGUAGCCCUCGACCUCCUGGAAGAGCAGGCUAUCUCAGAGGUGGGGGUCAUGACUUGGGUCAGCAGACAGAAGCAGGAAAUGGUGGAAAGCAACUCCAAAAUCCUCAUCCUGUGCUCCCGAGGCACCCAGGCCAAGUGGAAGGCCAUCUUGGGUUGGGCCGAGCCUGCUGUCCAGCUACGGUGUGACCACUGGAAGCCUGCUGGGGACCUUUUCACGGCAGCCAUGAACAUGAUACUGCCAGACUUCAAGAGGCCAGCCUGCUUUGGCACCUACAUUGUUUGCUAUUUCAGUGGCAUCAGUAGUGAGAGCGAUGUCCCCGACCUCUUCAACAUCACCUCCAGGUACCCACUCAUGGACAAAUUUGAGGAGGUUUACUUCCGAAUCCAGGAUCUAGAGAUGUUUGAACCUGGCCGGAUGCACCAUGUCAAAGAGCUUGCCGGGGAAAAUUACCUGCAGAGCCCUAGUGGCUGGCAGCUCAAGGAGGCUGUGGUUAGGUUCCAGGAGUGGCAAACCAAGUACCCUGAUUGGUUUGAGCGGGAGAACCUCUGCUUGGCAGGUGACCAAGACCUGCCAUCUCUGGAUGAAGAAGUGUUUGAAGACCCACUGUUACCACCGCGGGGAAGAAUUGUCAAACAGCAGCCGCUGGUACGGGAGCCUUCUGAGGGCUGCCUGGGGGUAAAUGUCUGUGUCAGUGAGGGAGAAAGUGGAGGGGCAAAGCUUGACUUGCAGCCGCGGCCACAGAGAGAGCUCGUGGCUCAGACCCUCCAAACCACGGUGCAGCCAACAGAGCAGGUGCCUGCAGCUCAUGUGGUGGUACCUGUUCCUCUUCCGGAUGGCGGUGGAGCUGCUACCCAGCUGACCCUGGCAGAGGACGAAGCCUGCCCACUGCUGGGGGCCCAGAGGAACAGCGUCCUCUGCCUCCCCGUGGAUUCAGAUGACUCCCCGCUCUGUAGCACUCCAGUGACAUCACCUGACCACUUCCACGGUGAUGCAAGGGAGCAGCUGGAAGGCCUGAUGCUCUCGGUACUGCAGCGGAGUCUGAGCGGACAGGCCCAGGAAAGCUGGGGGAGGCCCGCCCUCAAGGACCCCUGCACACCCACUGAGGAGGAGCAGCGGCAGUCAGUGCAGUCGGACCAGGGCUACAUCUCCAGAAGCUCCCCUCAGCCCCCUGACUGGCUCACAGAGGAGGAAGAACUAGAACUGGACGAGGCAGCUGAGCCUCUGUCUCCCGAGGCCCUGCAGAACCUGAGGAGCCUCCAGCGGCAACUCUUCUUCUGGGAGCUUGAGAAGAACCCUGGCUGGGACAGCUUGGAGCCACGGAGACCAGCCACAGAAGAGCAGGCUCCCUGCUAGGGCCUCUCCAUGCUGUGCCUAAGAGGAUGUGUGCUGUACUAGUGUGUAUGUGUGUGUGUGGGAAGUGCCUGCCUUUGAGAUGUGGAUCUCUAAGUCUGACAGAGUGGUGUAUACCUCAAGUCCCAGCGCUUGCGGCCUGAGACUUGAGCUCCUGAACCCAGGGGUUCAGGGCCAGUGUGGGCAACAUAGCAAGACCUCAGAAAAAGUAAUGUAGACAUUUGGUUUUGACCUGUAGGCAGUCCCCCUUUUACUUGAUAUGAAAUAUGAAUGCCUGGCCCUCGUCACACAGGAAUCCACAGCCUGCUUCCAGGAGCUCAUGGCCAAGUGGGCCACUCAUUCCUGGAGGAUCUAUUCUGUACCUACUCUACAUCUGGCAUUGGAGAUUAAAGAAUGACUUUCCUGACACAGCCUUGGCCACCAAGAAGCUUAUAAAACAACAAGGAUGAAAAAUUAGCCACCAUGAUAAUCUGAGUUAUGAGGCUGCUGCUCUGGACUGCAGAAAAACCCCAAGAGCCUGAGCGGUGAGGUCUGGACAGAGGAAUUGCUUUCCUGGGAGGGGAGCAGCCUGUGGAUCGAGCAUUAUGAAGAAGCCAGCGCUUAGCCUGGAGAGCUUUGUUGGGCUAGGGUGGGAGCAGCUGGAGGCUCGUUCACAAGCGGAUCUGUUGCCCUGUGGGGGAGGCAACUGCAUGCCAAAUAUACCCAGAAGUCUUCUCAGAUCAGUUUUGUAGCAAGAGUCAGGAUAGAAAUGGGGAAUGCAAAACUUAAGAAGCAGGAAGAGACGGGAGAAACACUGAGCUACAGUACUGGCAGCCAGUCUGUGGGAGGGCUGUGGCGUGUGAAAUCCUGAGCUCCCAGCAUUCUGAGUGCUGGCAGCCAGUCUGUGUGGGCUGUGGUAUGUGAUUCUUCAUGGACUGCAGCCACCUGAUCCCAGCAGCUCGGACCCAAGACCACUCAGCUCUAUUACUAGAGCCUUCAGGGUAUGGUAAUGGAGUAAAGAUAUGGGGGUAGUGUGAUGGAGGGGCGGGGCAGUGGAGAACACAGCAGGCCCUCUGAGAUCAGAGGAAAGUCUGUCACUGUAUACCUAAGGUGUGAGGAGGGGUUGUUGAACAGAGCUUGUGGGGCACCCUCUUGGGGCAGAUGGCAGUCUUGGGUUCUAGAGAAUGCACAGGUGUGCAUGCCCUGGGCCCCAUGCUAUCCACUGCAUGGGGCCCAGGGCUUCAGGCUUUGGGGGAGAAAAGGACCUUGAAAUUCUGUGGGGAAAGCAGAAACAGUGUUUGCAUGUGUACAUAUGUGUGUACAGGAAUGAAGACUUAAUAAAGUUGUUAUGUUAGUAAGAAUA